AUGGUUGAGUUCAUGGUAGAAAAUGACUUACAUGAUUUGGGAUUCUUGGGUCCCAAAUAUACCUGGUCUAAUAAUAAAUUUGGGCACAGUAAGAUUUGGGUGAGGCUUGACAGAAUUCUGAUGAACUCUGAAGGAUUAAGAUGGGCACCUGUGGCUGUGGUUAAACAUUUGGUCCGGUUGACAUCGGACCAUUGUCCAUUGCUGGUGAAUCUUUUUGCUGAAACCCCGAGACCUGGGAACAUAUGGAUACGGUUUAAAGAUAUUUGGAUGACUUACCCUGUCACUUGGAGGUUAGUUUGGAAGAAUUGGACCAUGGAGGAUUUUGGGAUGCCUGAUGAGGUGGUGAAUCGCAAGUGUAGUAGAACUCUUAAGGCUUUGUUCUUUUGGAGUCAUAAUCGACUUAAAGAACUUAGUGAGCUGAAACUUUCUCUGGAAAGCCAUAUUGAAGAACUUCAAUUGGUGGACUGUUCUCCUAAUGAGUUGAAUGAGGAACAGGAACAAGAGCUUAGGUUGAAGGCAAUUGAGUUGAACACUACUUUAGCUCGGCUCGCUACCUGGUGGAAGCAGAGAGAGAAAGCCAGAUGGAUUGAUGAAGGAGAUACGAACUUGCAUUUCUUCCACUCUUUCGCAUCUGGUCGUAUGCGAGGGAAUCGUAUUAUUGAAGUCAUAGAUUCUAAUGGGGAGAGGAUUGUUGAUCCGAAUCUUAUUCAAGAGGAAUUCUGGAAUUUUUUCAUGCUGAAGUGGAGAGAUAGGCAGGUCUCUCUGGCUAAUUGGCCUGAAUUCUGUAAUGAUGAUAUGAUCCCUGUGAAGUUCAGUGAAAGUAUGGAGGCAGAAAUUUCUGAGUCUGAAAUCCGUCAAGCUGUGUUUAGUAUGGGCAGUAACAGAGCGCCGGGGAUUGACGGUAUAACCUCCUCUUUUUUUAAAUUCUAA